AUGUACAAUCCGGAGCAGCAGCCGCACCACGUGGUGGCGCCGCCGCGGAUGUCCUUCUCCAGCGACUUCGCGCUGGAGCCGCCGCCGCGGUCGUCGUCGUCGUCGGGUACGGCGGCGUCCGUGGGGGACGCCGACUUCGAGUUUUCCUCGGUGGGCAGCCGGCCGAUGAUGGCCGCGGACCAGCUCUUCUCCAAGGGCCGCAUCCUGCCGAUGCGGGAGGCCGCGGCCCCCGGCGGUGCCGGCGGCCGGCCCCUGACGCUGCGCGACGAGCUGCGGGCGCACGAGGCCGCUAAUGGCGAUCGCCGCCGCCGCUCUGUUCGGCCGGCGGCGGCGACCGGCGCCCGGUGGAAGGAGAUGCUCGGGCUGAAGAGGGCGCACAGGAAGCCGCAGGGCGCCAUUGACGGCGCCGAGGAAGGCGCGUCCCCCCACGACCUCGAUCACAUGGAUGUUGGAGGAGGUGAAUGA